AUGUGCCUGAGCUGCAGAAACAAAGUCACAUCCGUGGAGAAAUUGCUAUACUGCACCAACUCUACUCACGUUGAUCAGAUCUGUGAGGAGGGAACACAAACAAGAGGAGCAGGCAGCACAGCCGAGCUUGAUUCUCCUUGCUCAGAGCCGUAUACGCAGCCCGUUAAACGCCAGAAGGACGAAGGGAACCCGAGCGAGAUAAGCAACGAACCACCUGAACUUUUUCCCGCAGCACCCACAGUAACCAAAGCCGCACAGAACCGUGGGAGCCAACGCCAGCGCAGCCCCGCGCGUCCAAGUUUUCACCCACAGCCCACAGCCGAAGCGCUGCGGCUCGCCGGGAGCGGCGGACGGCUCGCACCGGGCAGGGCUCGGGCAAACCCCCGCCGGGCACUGCGCUUCGCUUCGGUGUGCCGUGAGAGGCCGCGCGGAGCUCCAGCCGUGCCCGGGCGGUCCGUGCCGGGAGGCCCCGCUCUUCAGACCCCCUCGGCCGGGAGGCUGCGCAGUGCGAGGGGCUGUUCCGCGGAGCCCGCUUUCCUCCACCUCAGGGGGACGGGAAACGAGACCGGGACCCGCCGCCGGGUAACGGUAACGGCUGCGCCGAGGCCAAGCGGCCCGACCCCGGAGCAGCGGGCGAGCCCAGGCCGCGUCGGUUCGACUCACCUGGACGGCGAAGGCCCCUCCUGGCCUCCCCCCCGGGGGGGAGCAGCUGGAGCAUGGGCGGCCGGGAGGAGCCGGGUCUCCGCCGCGCCCCCGACGCCAGAGAAAAUGUCAGCGGAGGCCGCGGGGCUCUGCUGCGCGCCGUCACUUCCGCCGCCGGAGCAGUCGAGCGCCGCGCAGAGCGGCCGCUCCCGACAGCGCCCCCUUGCGGCGGAGAGCGGGGCGCGGAGGGCUGGCGGACUGACCGCCCGUCCGUCUGUCCGUCUGUCCGUCCGUCGGGAUGGAAUGCAAGGCCCGGGCUGCGGGAGGGGAACGGCGCCCUCAGGUCCCGCUGUCCUGCGGUGGCUGCUGGCGGCACAGCGCCGUGGUUGGAGCAGGCGACUUCUGAGCACUCCGUGAAUGUGCGUGUGCCUCUCCCGCUCCCCCAAACCCAUCCUUGAACUUGGAAAACUGUGUUUACGUACAUCUAAGGAGAAUUAGUAGCGCCCGUGGUCGGGCUGGAUGGGCUCUGAGCACUGAUGGAGCUGUGGGUGGCCCCGUGGCUGCAGGGAGUGGGACCUGAGGGCCUCUGAGGGUCCCUUUUGACUCAAACCAUCCUAUGGUCUGAUGAUCGAGCUAUGAAUUCUGCUUAGCCUCAUGGGCACGUCCAGCAUUGGCGGUGCAAGUAGCAGAGAGCGUGAACAAGACCCAGGCAUUGCUGCUGGAGGCUCCAACCCAGAGCCACCUCAAAUCUCUGAAGCCGUGCCCGACCACCACCAUAAAAACGGCCUUCAGAACCCGGAGGCCUUCUGGCAAAGUCCAGAACCUCCCUCCAAAGAGAAGGAUGCUCUUCAGAGGCACGACUCUGUGACACCCACAUGUUGUUGGCGCACGUGUUAGGACACCGCAGCAAGGAACAGGCAAUGCAGAUUUGGACGGCGUACAAAAAGGCAUAGCAAGGCAGGCGAGGGCGGGAAGUGAUAAGAACUCAUCUGCCACGAAGAGUGGUUGAGACCUGCGAGUCUCCGUGGGACGCCUCUGGAAGUGAUCACUGGGGAAGCACAGGAGGUUCUUUAGACACAAAAGGGGUUUGGAGGCGCAGCCCGAGCUUCCAGGCGACAGUGACAUCGCCUUUGCAGCCCUCGUGCUUCCCCAAAGACAAUUGGAGGAAAUUAGCUCAGUGCUUGCUUGAGACCUGACAGUGUCUGGAAGACAGUGGGAGUGACCCUGGGCUGUGCUCCCAUGUCAAGGUAAAAGCUGGCUGCAAGGCAGCUGUUGCAAGUAAAUGUUUCCAGGUUUUUUUUUUUUUCCCCUUACUGGGUUGUGCAGGCAGAGCAAAAUUUCUCUGUGCUUGCUCACAUCUCUUCCCAAGGUCAAAAGUUUCCCUCAGCCUCCAGACUGAGAGAAUGGCUUUUCAAGAGCCCAUUCCCCUCUGGAAUGGCAGCAUCUGCAAGCAUGUCGUCUAAUCGUAGAAUCAUAGAACGGUUUAGUUUGGAAGGGAUAUUAAAGAUCAUCUAAUUCCAACCCCCCUGCUGUGGGCUGGUUUCCACCUGCUAGAUCAGACUGCCCAAAGCCCCAUCUGGCCUGGCCUUAAGCAGCUUCAUGGAUGGGGUACCCACACCUUGUCUGGACAGCAGUGCCAGUGCCUCACCACCCUCUGAGGAAAGAGUUUCUUCCUAACUUCUGACCCAAAUCUCCCCUAUUUUGGUCUAAAGCCCUUAUCCUAUCACGAACUGCCUAUGUAAAAAGUUGGUCCCCCUCCUGCUUUUAUUUCCUUAAGUAAGGAGAGGCUGCAGUGAUGUCUCCCCAGCAUCUUCUCCAGGCUUAACAAUCCAGUUUUUCGCCCACAGAAUCCCCAGGUCCACCUCCACAGGGCUGUUCUCAGGGAGUUCUCUCUUCUC